AUGUUUCGUGAUCUAAGUUUUUAUGUUUUAACAAUAAUUUUGUUUUUUUUUAAUAUGACAAAAUGGAUUGGGAUCGAUGGGAAUUUAAACAUAUCGAACGAUAAAAUUGAAAACACUUACAUAUCUAUUGAUAAAAAUAAUAUAAAUGAAUUUAUUAAUGUCAAAGAAAACCAAUUUUUCUUUAAUAUGAAUUGUAAGACAUCAAUGAUGUUUAACAAUAUGAAGAACUACAUGUUAAACAAAGUAUACACAUCGUUAGAUAUCUUUAGGUCGGAAGAUGUCUCGUCCUCCGAUAUUGAAACGAUAGAAGACAUCAUAGAAAGAACGUGGGAAAGAGAAAAUAAAGAAUUCAUUUUUACAACAAAAAGAUUAAUUAAACAAUACACAGACAGUAACUUAUUCAUUUUACAAAUUGGAUUGAAUAGUGUAGCUCCCUUAAUUCUUGAUAAACCCGAUAAUGGUAUAUUUAUUGAAGAAGAUAUAGAAAUAUGUAAAAAUUAUUUUCUACAUAAACCUAAUAAAUGUUUUCUAUAUUUAGAAGGCGUAGAAUUUUAUUGUAAAAAAAAAACAAUAACGAAUAAUAAGAAUGAAGGUUCAUCUAAUAUAUUCAAAUCAAAAAAAGAAGAUAUUUUUGAUACUCUUGAUUUAAUUUCAAAAAUAUACCAAAAGAAAAAUAACGAAGUAAUAGAUGUUCUUAUCGUUAAUCAUAAAUAUCCCGUUGCAUUACUUUAUUAUAUUUAUCCUUAUUUAGAUUCCUCUACUCUUGUUAUAUUAAUGGAUAAUUUAAAUCAUCAAAUGAAAACAGCAAUAUUCGAAUACUACGAUUUUAUUGGAGAAGCUGAUUUUUCAAAAAGCUUUGAGAAGAAAUUCUUUAAUCUGUACAAAUCAGAACAAAAAAAAAAAAAAGAACAAAGUAGUAACAAUAUUAAAAAAGUAGAAAAGCAAAAAAAUUAUAACGUAGAUAAUGACGGUAAUACUACAAAUAAUGAUCAUAAGAAUGAAAACGAAAAUUAUCAUAUAUUAAAUGAAUAUUACAAUGAAAAAACAAAGAAAUACGAAGCUAAUGAAAAAAUAUAUAUUUAUAAUAAAAUGAAACAAUCACCAUUUUAUGUAAUUACAUUAAAUCCAAAGAGUAUUAUGAACCCUCCACAAAAUCGUUAUAAAAUAUAUAUAUCGAAUGAAUAUACAUCAUCCUAUGAAACGCAAAUAAAUAUUAUGAUAAAAGAUAUCAAGAAAUUAUUAAAAUUAAAUAAAAAAUUUUAUGAACAAUAUAAAGUAUUAGUUACUAAUUAUUUUGCUGUUAUAAACGAAUACGAAUUUGACGAUAAUAAUAUAGUGAAAUCUAAUGUUACCAAUACAUUAACAUCUAUACUUACAAACUUUGCACAGACGGGUGAUAUUAAUCCAAAUAAUUAUCAAUAUGCUUUAGAAAAUUUAAAAAAUAUUUUUAUAACUAUGUUAUAUACUGUUUAUGAACGUUCCAAAUUUAAAGCCUUAUUUAACCCUUUGAUGGAUUUUUUCAAAUUAUAUUUAAAUAAGGAUGAUCCAAAUUAUAUUAUUUAUCAAUUUCUUAUAUAUGGACUCAUUAAAAAUUCUAGAGAAAUAGAAUCCUACGAAUUGAAAGAAAUUUUUUUUCUUGAUGUAUUAAGAGAUGUUUCUAAACAAAUGAAUAAAAUGUCCAUUACAGAUGUUGUUUUAUUAGUAACCAAAUUAAAUAUAUUACUUAAAAAAAUAAGAUCAAGAGAAGAUAUUAUCCAUAUUAAGGACUAUGCAAAAAAACAUAUUAACAUUGAUUAUACGAACCAUGAAUUAUAA